AGCCACGGAGUCAGCCCCACCAGGGGAGGAGGCAUCAGCACUCUGCGAGGGGGGCAGCGGAUAGCCGAGCUGGAGGCGCGACCAUGAAGCUGGAGAUCUUUGCUCCGCGGUACGAGGACAAGCUCAGCAGCAAUAGCGUCAGCGACCUGGAAGGCAGCAGUGAAGAGUCGCCGCGGGCCGCCGAGAGUGAGCUGGGCUCCGACGGGGAUUGCGCGGCGCUUAGUCCGGCCAGCGGCUGCGGAGGCUUUCCCCGGCAGGGCUCGGAGCCUUCGCCGUCGCCUUCUCCGGGGGACGAGUGUAAAGCGGCUGUGGGACUACCUGGAAAGCCGUACACGCGCCGCCCGAAGCCUCCCUACUCGUACAUCGCACUGAUCGCCAUGGCGAUCCGGGAUUCGGCCGGGGGCCGUCUGACCCUGGCGGAGAUCAACGAGUACCUAAUGGGCCGCUUCCCUUUCUUUCGGGGCGCCUACACGGGCUGGCGCAACUCGGUGCGUCACAACCUGUCGCUCAAUGACUGUUUCGUCAAGGUGCUGCGAGACCCGGCCCGGCCGUGGGGCAAAGACAACUACUGGAUGCUCAACCCCAACUCUGAGUACACUUUCGCCGACGGCGUCUUCCGCAGGAGAAGGAAACGGCUCAACCGUCCGGAGCCCAUCCCCGCCGCCGGGGGCUCCCCCUCGGCGCAGCCGUCCCCCGCGCCCGCUUCCCCGAGUGCAGAUCAGAAGACCCUGCUGGGGGAACCGGGCGUGGGAUCGGCCGCGGGUGCCUCGGCCACCAGCACGAAAUUCUCCAGCCCCUUCGCUAUCGAGAGCAUCCUGAACCGACCGUUCCAACCUUCCAAGCAGCAGCCGCGGCCCCCCACAACGCCGGUGGGAGAACGGGCGGUGGCGUGGCCCGCCCCCCCGAGCUACUCCCGGCUCCUCGCUCGGCCGGCCGUCUCCUACGGCCUCGUCCCGACUUUCCCUCUGGCGGCGAACUCUGCCGUUUACCACUACGGCUUCCCCGACCCUCUGCUGCUAGAGGCCUCCAAGGAAAAGGCUCUGAGCGCCCACGAUCUCCACCAGCCCUUCCCCGCGCGCUCUUCUUUCUCCUCUCCCCGGCUUUCCUCGGCGCAACUGCAAACGCUGGGCGUUUCUCAGCUCUACUGCCCCCUCCGGCUGCCCAGUUCAUUGCAGCAGGUGGCGGCCAGUCACAACACCUAUAGGCCUUAUGCAACGGAGACCCUAUCGGUGUAACGAUC